AGGUUGUGCCCGGGACUGUGUGUGCCGAGCUCCGCGGCUGUGCCUGUGUGAGUGAAGGAGCGGUGCCGGGAGGCAGAGGCGAGCGCGGGCGAGCACGGCAGCGGGACGUCUACCGCGGCCGCGGCACCGGCGGCUGCAUCGGCGGCGCUCGGUGUGGAGAAGCAGCGGCGGCGGCGGCAGCAGCAGCAGCAGCAGCAGCAGCAGCAACAGCAGCGGUCGUCUCAACGCCACCGGGGACGCCGAGGCGCUGCUGGUGGCACUGACAUCUGCGGCCCUUCCUCUUCUCCCUCGCCCCCGGCCCUCCCCAUGUGAUCGGUCUUAAUCCCGGCCGUGUGCGCGCGUGGGUCUCCAUUCCGCGGUGCCCGGUCUCCGUGCCGGGGUGGGUACUUGUGUGUGCGCUUCUCCUCCCCAUCCCCCUUCCCCCAAGAAUAAAAGAAGAACCGGGAGGCGUGCUCAGAAAAUAAAUAAAUAACCACCACACACGCGCAGCCCGGAGCGAGUCGGCGGGGCUGGCGGCGGCAGUGGAGGAGGAGUGAAGGCGGCGGCAGCGGAGGAGGGACGCGCGGAGAAGGCAGUAACUUUAAAGCCAGCUCAGAGCCCAGACCUCCAGCCGAGCGGUUUGCAKCGCGGCGGCGGCGGCGUUGAGUGUCUGGCCCGCCGGUCCGGUGGGGGUGUGCAGUCGGACGGACAAGCAGCGCGUCGCUGUCCCCCGGCGGCUGGAGAUGUCCGAGCCCAAGGCAAUUGAUCCCAAGUUGUCGACGACCGACAGGGUGGUGAAAGCUGUUCCAUUUCCUCCAAGUCACCGGCUCACAGCAAAAGAAGUGUUUGAUAAUGAUGGAAAACCUCGUGUGGAUAUCUUAAAAGCACAUCUCAUGAAGGAGGGCAGGCUGGAAGAGAGUGUUGCAUUGAGAAUAAUAACAGAGGGUGCUUCCAUUCUUCGACAGGAAAAAAACUUGCUGGAUAUCGAUGCACCAGUCACAGUUUGUGGGGACAUCCAUGGACAAUUCUUUGAUUUGAUGAAGCUCUUUGAAGUGGGAGGAUCUCCUGCCAACACUCGCUACCUCUUUUUGGGGGACUAUGUUGACAGAGGGUACUUCAGUAUUGAAUGUGUGCUGUAUUUGUGGGCCUUGAAAAUUCUUUACCCCAAAACACUGUUUUUACUUCGUGGAAACCAUGAAUGUAGACAUCUAACAGAGUAUUUCACAUUUAAACAAGAAUGUAAAAUAAAGUACUCGGAGCGUGUGUAUGACGCCUGCAUGGAUGCCUUCGACUGCCUUCCCCUGGCUGCCCUGAUGAACCAGCAGUUCCUGUGUGUACAUGGCGGUUUGUCUCCAGAGAUCAACACUCUAGACGACAUCAGAAAAUUAGACCGAUUCAAAGAACCACCUGCUUAUGGACCCAUGUGUGAUAUCCUGUGGUCAGACCCCCUGGAGGAUUUUGGAAAUGAGAAGACUCAGGAACAUUUCACUCACAACACAGUCAGGGGAUGUUCAUACUUCUACAGUUACCCAGCUGUUUGUGAAUUCUUGCAGCACAAUAACUUGUUAUCUAUACUCCGAGCCCAUGAAGCCCAAGAUGCAGGGUAUCGCAUGUACAGGAAAAGCCAAACAACAGGCUUCCCUUCUCUAAUUACAAUUUUUUCAGCACCAAAUUAUUUAGAUGUAUACAAUAACAAAGCUGCAGUAUUGAAGUAUGAGAACAACGUUAUGAAUAUCAGGCAAUUCAACUGCUCUCCCCAUCCAUACUGGCUUCCAAAUUUCAUGGAUGUUUUCACUUGGUCCCUGCCAUUUGUUGGGGAAAAAGUGACUGAGAUGCUGGUAAAUGUCCUCAACAUCUGCUCAGAUGAUGAACUGGGGUCGGAAGAAGAUGGAUUUGAUGGAGCAACAGCUGCAGCCCGGAAGGAGGUGAUUAGGAACAAGAUCCGAGCAAUAGGCAAGAUGGCCAGAGUGUUCUCGGUUCUCAGAGAAGAGAGUGAGAGUGUGCUGACACUGAAAGGCUUAACCCCCACCGGCAUGCUCCCCAGCGGAGUGCUUUCUGGAGGGAAGCAAACUCUGCAAAGCGCUACUGUUGAGGCUAUUGAGGCUGAUGAAGCUAUCAAAGGAUUUUCGCCACAACAUAAGAUCACUAGCUUCGAGGAGGCCAAGGGCUUAGACCGAAUUAACGAGAGGAUGCCGCCUCGCAGAGAUGCCAUGCCCUCUGAUGCCAACCUUAACUCCAUCAACAAAGCUCUCGCCUCAGAGACUAACGGCACGGACAGCAAUGGCAGUAAUAGCAGCAAUAUUCAGUGACCACUUCCUGUUCACAAUUUUUUUUUUUUUUUUGAGCUGCAGGGCAUGAGGGAGAUUGCUGCAUAUCAGCAGUUGGAUGUUCUUGCCUCUGAUGGUAGCUUGUUUGCUCUGGGGGCCAGGAAUUGGAUUCAGUUUACACUAUCAUUAAAAAGAGGGAGAGAGAGAAACUAUAUUUUGGUGAGGGUGGUGAUUAAACACCUCUUUUGGGUAUGCCUUUUAAAAAUGCUUAUAGGGAAAAAAUUUUCAAAGGAAGCUAAUGCUAGUAUAUACUGCAAUGUUAGGGGAAUGAACAUGUUUUCCUACUGCAUUGGGGACUUAUAGAUAGGUAAAUGAACGGCCUUUUAUUCUGUUACUGGACAUGAAAAUUUUGUCUAAUUUCUUACUCUAUUGUACGUUUACAGUCGCAGCACUAAAAAUGGAUGACAUCAAACAUUUUUAACAAAAAUGAUGUACAAACUAAAUAAGGACUAUUUAUUGAUAAUGUUUUGCUACUCUUGUCACAAUGGCUAUCAACUGAAUUAGGCAGUCUUAGAAAAAAAAACAGAAAAAGAAAAAAAAAAAAAGAAUGUUGCAAAUUUGUUAAAAUGCCAAAAAGGACAGUUUAAUUUUGUACAGAUUAUGCUUACCUCAGGUUUCUUUAGUGUGCUUGAAUGCCCUUCUUUCCAUAUAACACUUAUCUUAUUAAUUUGGCAAUGAAUAUCUUUUCUUUAAGUUUAAAAAAAAACUGGAAUAAUUACACCUAUCUUUUUUGCUGUUUAUAUUUAGGGGUUUUGUUGAUAAAUCAAGUCUUGGUUGUGGCUUGCUGAAUUAAAUAUUUAUGAGUGGUGCAUUUUUAAGUAAUAGUGAACAAGACACCAUAUUAAGUACAGUGAUAAAGCAUCUAUAUUCUGUAAAAAAAAAAAAAUCUGCCUAUGCAUGUUUUUUAAGAAAAAAAAAAUGGCUGUAUCGGCCUGUAUGGGACUGUAAUGCGCUUAGUGGUCUGAUAUAUACUGGAAAUGUAUGUAUACUGGCGUACUUUAUAUUCUCUAAAAUGCUUAAUGCCUUUGAAAUUUUGUAAUCAAAAA